GACCUUGCCAUUUGGGCAUUCGCCGAACAAAACGCACCAUGUGCCGGUGACACAGCUGAGCAGGAACACAACAAUGUUUGAUAAGCUACCAAAGAGGCAUAAAUUUAGGUUUUCUCAAAUCUUCGUAAAUGGAAUAGUGUUCAUUCUCUCACUGUGUGCCUGUAUUCCAAGCGGUUGGACUUUUAACUUCUUCAAUUUUGAGUGUUUACUCCAUGCCGACUUGUCAGUAACAGUGAAGACGAACGAUAACAGUACUGUUGUUUUAGACUGGGGUGGAUCUACGUGGGGGAAACCCUUUCAGUGUCAUGUGGCUACAUAUGCCCCUGUAGUGGCUUCCAUACAUGCCUUUAUUUGGAUUUGGUUUUAUUUACAAAUGGAGGAACUCGACGGUAAAAUACAGUCUUUACCGGCUCUCCUGUUUGGGUGUAUACUUCAUGGUUGCAUAAGUUUAGCAUUACUAGUCUCCAGCGGAAUGCUGACUACUGGAUUAAAUAGCUUCUGUAAAAAUCUACAGUCAAAGGUGCCAUACAGUUGUUCAGAAUUGGAGGAUAUGCAAUGGACAACACUUAAGGGGAAGGAAGAGUUUUAUAGAUACAUGAAAAUUACAGAGGUGACUAGCUGGUUCAUUGCUUUAACAACAGCAGUAUUAGCAGGGAUGAAUGGAUAUAGAGCCAAAAGUAUAAUUAGUGAACUCAAACAUGACGGUUCAGAAACCGGAUCUGUGUUACUACGAAAAGGGAAAGAAUUCGGAUCGUCCCAUUUCUUUCUGGAUGACUCGUUUUCGAUUAGAAGUACUGGAAGUACGGCUGAGCGAUCUUCCCAGAUAGUCUGAUGGCAGUGGUAGAAGCAUUGAUUCAAGAAAAUUUUGUACUCGUUUCUUUGCUAAGUCAAAGUCGUGCAAUAUUUACUUUCUAUUGGGUACACAAGUACCUUAUUUGUGUUAUGCAUAAGAUCGUAUUCCUUCCAUAGUAUUUUCAUAAAAUACCUCAUCUAAAAUAUAUGCACAUGAUCACUUAGGGAUUAUUUAUAAAUCAUAUCAUUAACAACUAGUAUUAAGAACGGAUAAGUUUGUAUAUAAGUUUGUGUUUUAAUGUAUUGUGGCAAAAUUCAUCUUGAUGUAUAUAUACAUGUUUUUACGUUAACAAUAAAAAAAUAAAGCGAGAAAAAA